AUGGGCACUAAGAACAGGAAGUUAGGACCUAGGCCUGAUGGAUGGAUGGGCACCAAGAACAGGAAGUUAGGACCUAGGUCUGAUGGAUGGAUGGGCACUAAGAACAGGAAGUUAGGACCUAGGCCUGAUGGAUGGAUGUCACCAAGAACAGGAAGUUAGGACCUAGGUCUGAUGGAUGGAUGGGCACUAAGAACAGGAAGUUAGGACCUAGGCCUGAUGGAUGAAUGGGCACCAAGAACAGGAAGUUAGGACCUAGGUCUGAUGGAUGGAUGGGCACUAAGAACAGGAAGUUAGGACCUAGGCCUGAUGGAUGGAUGGGCACCAAGAACAGGAAGUUAGGACCUAGGCCUGAUGGAUGGAUGGGCACUAAGAACAGGAAGUUCAUCUCCCGAGUGGCGCAGUGGUCUAAGGCUGUGCCACUAGAGAUCCUGGUUCGAAUCCAGGCUCUGUCAUAGCCGGCCGCGACCGGGAGACCAAUGGGGCGGCGCGCAAUUGGCCCAGCGUCGUCCAGGGUAGGGGAGGGAAUGGCCGGCAGGGAUGUAGCUCAGUUGAUAGAGCAUGGCGUUUGCAACGCCAGGGUUGUGGGUUUGAUUCCCACAGGGGGUAUGACAAAAAAAUGUAUGCAUUAACUGUAGGUCGCUCUGGAUAAGAGCGUCUGCUAAAUGACUAAAAUGUAAAAAUGUAAAUGUAAGUUAGUACCUAGGCCUGAUGGAUGAAUGGGCACCAAGAACAGGAAGUUAGGACCUAGGCCUGAUGGAUGGAUGGGCACUAAGAACAGGAAGUUAGGACCUAGGCCUGAUGGAUGGAUGGGCACUAAGAACAGGAAGUUAGGACCUAGGCCUGAUGGAUGAAUGGGCACUAAGAACAGGAAGUUAGGACCUAGGCCUGAUGGAUGAAUGGGCACUAAGAACAGGAAGUUAGGACCUAGGCCUGAUGGAUGGAUGGGCACUAAGAACAGGAAGUUAGGACCUAGGCCUGAUGGAUGA